CUUGAGGUACGAGUGUGACUUUCUGCAGUAUCCUCGCUGAUUACGGAGCUUGCUUACGCACACAGCGUUGGCCCUUGUUUACGAAUCCGUGCGUGAUGUCCCGUACCAUGGUGCACGUUUUAAUUUUGGUCAUUUGUGUAGCACUAUAUGUGACCAAGGCGUACGGUCAAACAGAGGUUGACUCCAGGUUGAAAAAAGUGACUCAUAAAGCCAGGUUUGUUAUUCAUCACGGAGAUACGAAGCUAGGCGUUAUAACUGUCAACCUAUACGGCAAAAUUGCACCGAGAACAGUGAAGAACUUCAUCACCUUCGCUGGAGAUGGAUUUUGGGGCCUGUCUUAUAACAGCACUGAGUUCCACCGCGUUAAGGAGUCAUUGAUCCAGGGUGGAGAUGUUGAAAACCGCAAAGGCUGGGGUUCCCUCAGCAUUUAUGGAACUUAUUUCGAUGAUGAACCAUUUCUUCUCAACCAUGCCGAGCCGGGAAUCGUGAGCUCCGCAAACGCUGGGAAAGAUACAAAUGGCGCCCAGUUCAUCAUUACGACUGAACCAGCGCCUUGGUUGGAUGGACAAAACUUGGCGUUCGGGAAUGUCUCUAGAGCAUCAAUGACAGUUAUUAAGAAAAUCCAGCAGGUUCAAGUGGGACCGACUAAGAGACCACUCACGCCUGUCGUGAUUACGAAUUGCACUGUGAAAGUAUUGGAGGAACUCCGCGGAUGAGAUGGGUACAACAGAGGUGAGGUGAGAGCAACGCACAUGACAGGAUCCUUGCGGAAGAUGUCCUAAGCUGCUUUUUAUUCUGCCCUCACCUUUUGUACAACUAUCCAAAAAGAAAUAAACUAUAGAAUAUGAAUAUAA